CGCGCGCAUCCGGUGCUGCUCCGCAGUGCAUGUACGUACAGUAUCCCUGCAUACUCUUUACCGUAGAGUACACUCGUACGCCUAUACAGGCGGGAGAGAGGAUCCUAGAAACAAGAGACCGACCUAAAAGAGAAACCCGCAGCUCGCACGCACAGCUUUUCUUUCCGCUCGAUCAUGCAGUCGUCCACUCGUCCUCGUCGGCGCCUCCCCGGCGACCAGCGUCACCGCAUCAACGGUCGCUCUAGUAGUCCAGCCGAUUUCGCUGCUACUAGUGCUACUGCCGCCAGUGCUGCCUCACCUGAUGCCCCUGCCUGCCCACUAGCGCGCUCCGCCUGAGCCAGAGAAAGCCCCGUGUAAUUUUCCUCUGCGGCAGCUACGCUAUAUCUCUUUCUCACUCGCUCUCGCUCUCCCGAGAGUCCCGAGAGAGCUGAGUUUGGUUUGCCGAGCCCGCAAGACGCAAGUGUGUGUAGUUCGGACUCGACGGCUCUGCCUGUCUCUCUUCAGUCAGUGCUGCGGCGACUACUUUACAGAACUCCGCCGAGUGUGUGUGCGAAUUCCUCGGCGGCGGCGGCGGCGCAGCAGCACGACCUGCAUCGGAGACGUUUCAACGCAGCAAUACGUAGUACGUACCAGCAGGGCGGCUACGAGGAGGGUCAAAGAGAGAAUCGACGGCGGUGGCUAAGAGGUGCGCGCGCCACAUACACACGCGCCUCGCCUGCUGUCUUUCUCUCUUCUCUCGCAACGCGGACGGACGGCCAAAGAGAGAGAGAGAGAGAGAGAGAGAGAGAGAGAGAGAGAGAGAGCCAAGUCCAGCAGCCAGCCAUCAGCAGCAGCAGCAGUGUAGGAAGACGAGCCAAGAACAAGAGAGGCGCAGGCUGCUGCCGUCUCUCUGAAAAAUGCCCUGAGUAAGAGAGAGAGAGAAAGAGAGGACGAGCGAGAGCGUAUGUGUGCAGUGCAGUGCAGUGCUUUCUCGUGUGCAGAGCCGAGUUAUCGUCGAUUAUCGGGCACCGCCGCCGCGUAGCCGCCGCCGACACAGCGCGCUCCGCCCUCGCAGACCGCUCGCUCCUUUGUGCCUUCCUUCCUGCCUGCCUGUCCGACUGCCGGACUCCGAUCUUCCUGACGGUGACCCAGUGCGCUCGGACUUGGAUCGAAAAAGAGACGGGCUGAGAGUCUCUCUGCGUCGUUCUCUCCUACUCUCUGCAGCGGAUACGGCGCACCUUGGACGUCCGGCCCCUGAGUGAAAGGGCGGCUGCGGCAAGAUGGCGGGCCCCCUAACGUGGUCCUGUACCUGGUGCCUUAGGUUCAAGUUCAGCCCCGAGGAGAUAGAGCAGAGGUACAAGAGCCAGGAGAUCGACAGGAUGCUGGAGAAGGACCGACAGGCCUUUCGCAGGCAGGUCAAACUCCUGCUGCUGGGGGCUGGCGAAAGUGGCAAGUCCACCUUCCUCAAGCAGAUGAGGAUCAUUCACGGCAUCAAGUUCGAGCCUGAGCUGGUUAAGGAAUACCAGCAUGUCAUUUAUCAAAACAUUAUAAAAGGAAUGAAAGUCUUGGUGGAUGCUCGAGACAAGUUAAAUAUUCCUUGGGAGCAGCCCAAAAAUUAUGACAUCGGCUACCAACUGCUGAAAUUUGAAAAUACCAUGAUACUGGAUGCCCGACUUUUCCUCCACUAUGUACCAGCACUCCAAAGUCUAUGGAAAGAUGCUUCAAUUAAGAAGGCAUUUGAUAGACGAAGAGAGUUUCAAUUGAGUGACUCAGUGCAAUACUUUCUGGAUAACCUUGAUAGGAUUGCCAGAGUGGAUUAUGUUCCCACACAUCAAGACAUUUUGCACUGUAGAAAAGCCACGAAAGGAAUAUCCGAGUUUGUCAUACAAAUUAACAACAUCCCAUUCUUAUUCGUUGACGUAGGUGGGCAGAGAUCACAAAGGCAAAAGUGGUAUCAAUGUUUUGACUGUGUAACUUCAAUACUUUUUCUUGUGUCUUCUUCUGAAUUUGAUCAAGUUUUAUUAGAAGAUAGGCGAACUAAUAGAUUGGAAGAGUCAAGGAAUAUAUUUGAUACAAUUAUCAAUAAUAUGAUAUUCUACGGAGUAUCUGUCAUACUAUUCUUGAACAAAACCGAUCUGCUUGAUAAAAAAGUCAGAUCUUCAGACACGAACGUUCGCUGGUACUUCCCGCAGUUUACGGGCGAUCCACAUUCCAUGAAAGAUGUUCAAAAUUUUAUAUUGGACCUAUUUGUAUCAGUGAAAAGGGACCCAAAAAAGCCGUUAUUCCAUCACUUCACCACUGCUGUUGACACGGAAAAUAUCAAAGUUGUCUUCAACGCUGUGAAAGAUACAAUUCUGCAUCGUAACUUGGAAUCACUCAUGCUGCAGUAACAGCGUGAACGUAGAUUAUCCAAGGCUACAGUUAGCAGCGAUCGCGAUCGAGGUAUGCGCUGAUUUUUUUUUAGAUAAACUGAGCUAAGACUCCCCGUUUUUAUAUGAAUAUUGCAAUACGAAUUAGCAGCUACUAUUUGAAAGACAAUAUAUUUAUAUUUAUGGAAUUUAGAGAGAUAACGAGAGCUUAGCUUAACGUCAUUCUGUUCAACGUUAUAUUUACGUAAUGACGAUUAAAGUUGCGUGGUGAAAAUUGCCUAAUAGAAGACAAUUUUGAGUUUAUGGAUUUUGUAAGACAAAUCUUCCAUCCCCUUUUUUUGAUAAACAUAUUGAUGAAUGAAUGUGAGUUAUUGAUUAUUAUACAAUAUUUCGUGUAAAUAGCGAACUCUAAUCUAUACGUUGUCAAUAAUCGAUAGUGGAUUUAUAUAUAUUUACACGAAUAAGAAAUAAUUCGAAAGAAAUUUUGAUAGCCCAAAUUCUUACGUUUUGUACAGAUGUUUUGUGACUUUCUUAACAUUUUAUAUGCGAUUUAUAAGAAAAAUACUGGUAAUUUAAUCGGAUUUCAAGUGGAAUAAUUUAUUUCUUAUGUAGAAUAAUAAAUAAUAAUAUCUACCAUUAAAAUCCGUUGUAAUGCUAGGUAACAAAGAAACCAAAUACUAGAUCCAUGCCAUAAAAACCAAAUGAAACCAACCAGUUUGUGUUCAAAUUAUCACGAAAAAAUUCACAAAAUUUUCAAUUAAUUUACAACUGAGAAAAAAAAUUCACCAACAUCAAAGCAGAAAUAUUUUAAGCAUAUACUGUAUUGUCUUGCUCGGAGAAUCUACAACUAUACAAAUCAAGUAACAAGCAAUAUUUUUUGGAAUAUUCUGUCUUGACUACAAUGUUUAUUACACACACACACCCACACACGCACACACACACACGUGUAUUAUUAUGUAAAAUUAUCAUUGCUGUCGUACGUUAUUUCUUACAAAAAUUUACACUCACAAAUUGGUAUUUUCUAAAGGCUAGAGCUCAAUUUUUAAAUUGUGAUAGUAGCUCCGAGGCUUCCAAAUAUACACAUAGGUAACUGUGCCAUGGAUAAAAGUCUUUGAGGUUCAAGAAUCUCUGAUUGAUAUAUUUGCAUUGUAUUUACUGUAUCAAAACGACCGACCUAUAAAAGGAUCGUAAUUGGGAAUGUCUCCGUUCAAAUUAAAUUCCAAUGUUGUUGCUAAGUAUAAAUUGGUUGAUUCUUUAUUUUUUUUUUAACAUUGUAAUCAGUAUUAUUGUCGCGUCCCUUAUUGGACGACGGAUCCUCCGUUUCUACUAUUGAGUAUUCCAAAUUGAAAAUUAGGCAACAAAUUGUUAAACGUUUGUUCAUAAUUUCCUUACGUUGCAAUGCAAUCUAAUUGUUUAAAUGCACAUUGAUAACAUAUUUUUUGUCACUCAUUAAACAAUUAGAAUGCACGACACUUGUUUGCGUCAGUAGAAAUGUACCUAUUUCUACCAAUUUCGUUUAAAUUGUUAUUUUUCCACCUAAUGUAUGAGAAAAAAACCUCUGGCAGCGAUAAAAUGAAUCGAACUGGAUUUGCGCUUACAGAAAUCGAUAGCUAGAGAUUUUACGUAGUAACAUUAAAACAACCAAAGAGUUCUCUGUAGUAUUCAUAUUACUGCACCAUUUUGGUCAUUUACUAAUUUAUUUCAUCGUGUAUUUUCUAUUUAGAAACAGCUCUUUAAAAAAUGCUAACUUAAAUAACUACAGAGUCAUCGAUCAAUUGUAUUAAAGUCACGUAUAAUCUUAGCUCGAUUUUCAUAAAAAAAAAUUGCAAAAGCGCGUUGCGGUAAAUAUUGACAAGUUUGUUUGUCAAUUUAAGUGGUAAUAUAUAAUAUGAAAAAAAAUUUGUUUAUUAUUUUUGUACAUAUAUACAUAUAAAUCGUUGAAAGUAAUUUAAUGGUGUGGAGCUUUAUAAGAUUUUUAACCCCUUUGCAUGCUUUGUACUGAGCGUAAAAAGAAAAAAAUCUAAUUUUUAUAAUUGGUCUAUGAAAUAUUUCUGUAGGGGGAAACUUCAGUGAUUUGAUGAUUAAUUGUUGAAUAGUAUCUGAAAUUUUACUAUAUUCUUAUUUUUUUACAUCUUCAACUGGUGCUACUUUUGUAAAAAGUUUUUAAUAACUUUUCUGUAAUUUCUUAAAAAUACUUAUAAAUGUAUUAAUUAAUUUCAUUUUAAUUAUAAAACGCAUGCAUACAAAUAACGCAGAAUCUAUCUUAUUUAAUAGUUAUUUUAAAAUGUUUACUGAAGUCUCUCCUUUAAUAUUCAAGUGUACAUUCCUUAGAAGCCGAAAAAUUGGCUUGCGAUUUUUGGUAGUCUUACUUUUAUACUACUUGAUACGAGGAAUUUUUUUGAAGUCUAAAAUUAUUGUUUUGUAGUAUAAGCUGCGCUAUUAAUUUUGGUGGAACGUUUUAUUGACGCAUUUCCGACUCCGUAACGUAUUCUUAGCAAUUAAUCGAACAAAUCGAAUGGGUUUUGAGUUGGAAUUAUUUUUACGCUAUUUUUACUUUAGCAUUGUGCACAAUGUCCGCCCCGAGUUUUGUAAACAUAUUAAACGGCUUUAUUAAAACGUAUACGCUGCGUAUCCUUCGAUAACGACGUUAAGUAACCUCUGUAAUUUUUAUAACAAUUUUUAGAGCAGAUAUUUGUACUCUUAUAUUCUCGAUAUCCGUCGACUGAUAACGAAAACACGACUGCAAUAAUAUUACUGUUGUGUAUCUUUGUACAUUAGCCAGCGAAUAAUAUAUAAGUAAUGAGUAUAUAUGUAUUAAAUUUACCGCUUGUAAAUAGUGAAAUUAGUAUGGGUUUUUGCAACGACUUUCAUCAGCAUGGCUCUGUAGCAUUAGACUUUUUUGCGAUGCGACGCAUUUUUGGAAAGUUUAUACUUCAAGAAUUUGUUGUACGAUAUAAAGACUUUAAAAUAAGGCUACAUUUUUCGUGUAACUACGAUGCGAGCCAACAUUAUUUUGUAAAGUUCACUGCGAUUUGUUAUAUAUGGCUGCUAAAGAUUGAGAUUUGUUGGAGAACAUUUUUUUAAUAUUUCCAUAGUGUUUGUACUCACGUAACCGCAACAUACGUCAUUCAUAUACGAAAAAAAAGAUUAAAUCUUAGAACUAUGAAAGGAAAGUAAUUUCAUGAAACAAAAGUGGUGAUGGUAUUUUAUGAAAAUUAAAAGUAGUAUUCUAAAUAACCUUUUUUAAUUCCAAUUUUCAUAUAUGACUAGGGUUUUUGUAUGAAUAGAAUGCAACAACUUUGUGAAAAUUUGCUUCAACAAUAGAAAAAAAAAACAGUGUUAACUGUUUUAUCGAAAUGGUACCAUUUAUUGGCGAUAUUUGUCUGUAUACGAGAUUUUAUUUUGUUAUGUUGAUUACAUUUUAUUGUAUAUGAUCUGAAGUAUGUAGAUAUAUCGUGCCUUUUUAUAUAUUGUAUAUUUGUAAAUAAAAUACUUUACAUGAUUUAUUAUAA